AUGUUCUCCAAGGCUUUCGUUGCCACGCUCUUGGGUAUCUCCGCCGUCGAGGCCCACAUGCUCAUGAGCUCGCCCGUUCCAUAUGGUCGGGACUCUCUCAACAACUCUCCUCUGGAGGCGGACGGCAGUGACUUCCCAUGCAAGCAGCGACCUGGUGUCUACGAUGUCACCAAGAUGAAUGAGCUCACCAUCGGUCAGGAGAACCCCCUCACCUUCAAGGGCAGCGCAGUCCACGGUGGCGGUUCUUGCCAGGUCAGUCUGACCAAGGACAUGGAGCCCACCAAGGACUCGAAGUGGAUGGUCAUCAAGUCCAUCGAGGGUGGAUGCCCCGCCAACGUCAAUGGCAACUUGCCGGCCAACCCUGAUGGCUCCGGUGCCACCGAGUUCAAGUAUACCAUUCCCGAAGGUAUCGAGCCCGGCAAAUACACGCUUGCCUGGACCUGGUUCAACCGCAUUGGAAACCGCGAGAUGUACAUGAACUGCGCUCCCGUCACUGUCAAGGGCGGAGCUAAGCGCUCUCCAGCUAAGCGCGAUGGCGACUUCCCCCCAAUGUUCGUCGCCAAUGUCAACGGAUGCACGACCAAGGAAGGCGUCGACAUUCGCUUCCCGAACCCUGGUAAGGAAGUCGAGUACGCCGGUAACCCUUCGAACCUCGCCCCUGAGGGCAGCAAGGCCUGCACUGGCUCUCCUUCUUUCGGUGGUGAUGGCAAUGCCGCAGGCUCCGGUGGCUCCUCCGGUGGCUCUGGCUCUGGCUCUGGCUCUGGCUCUGGCUCGGGCUCGGGCUCGGGCUCUGGCUCUGGCUCUGGCUCUGGCUCUGGCUCUGGCUCUGGCUCUGGCUCUGGCUCUGGCUCUGGCUCUGGCUCGGGCUCUGGCUCUGGCUCUGGCUCUGGCUCUGGCUCUGGCUCGAACGGCUCGAAUGGCUCGAAUGGCUCGAACGACUCUGGCCCUCAGGCUCCUUCUUCUAGCGCCCCUGGUGGUGUCUUCGUCCCUGAGCCCACUCACCCUGCUCCCACCAACCCCCCGAAUGAGGGCUCUGGCUCCGGCAAUGGCUCUGGCUCCGGCAAUGGCUCUGGCUCCGGCAAUGGCUCUGGCUCCGGCAAUGGCUCUGGCUCCGGCUCCGGCGCUGGCGCCCAAUCUGGCGCUUGCUCCACCGAGGGCCAGUGGAACUGCAUUGACGGCUCUAGCUUCCAGCGCUGUGCUAGUGGCCAGUGGACUGCCGCCCAGGCCAUGGCUAUGGGCACCAAGUGCACUCCUGGCCAGGGUUCUGAUCUCUCCGUCGCUGCCUUGAAGCCUCGCAUGCUCCAGGAAAUGCGCCGCCACAAGCGCCACGUUGCUCAUCACGCGUAA